CCUUAUCGCCGGCGAGCGUCUCCGGAGGCGGCUUGGGUCUCGUCGUUGGUGUGGGUUUGCUGUGAACUAAAAUGAAUCCGCUCACAAAUGUAAAGAAUAUACGCAAGCUUAACGAGCGUGAAAUCGAGCUGGGUAUCGAUGAGAAGUCUUCGUGGCACAAGCAGUACAAGGACAGUGCCUGGAUCUUCAUUGGCGGCCUGCCUUUUGAUCUGACGGAAGGAGACGUCAUUUGUGUCUUCUCACAGUACGGAGAAAUAGUCAACAUCAACUUGAUGCGAGAUGUCAAGACGGGCAAGUCAAAAGGCUUUUGCUUCCUGUGCUAUGAAGAUCAGCGCAGUACGAAUCUAGCGGUGGACAAUUUCAACGGCAUCAAGCUGCUCAAGCGCACCAUCCGUGUCGACCACGUGCGCGACUACAAGCCGCCCAAGGACAGCGACGACCUGGACCAGAUCACGCGCCGACUGCACGAGGAGGGCGUGGCACCGCGUACGCCCAGCCCGCCGCCAGCCGAGCCGGAGCCCGAGCCCGAGCCGGAGCCGGAGCCAGCGUCCCCCAGCCCGCUGAAAGCGAAAAAAGAAAAGAAGAAGAAGAAGAAGUUAAAGAAGGAUAAAGAUUCAGAGGAAUCUACGGACGAAGAACGUUCGCCCAAAAAGAAAAAGUCAAAGAAGAAAAAGAAGAAGAAGGAGGUAUCGUCCGAAUCUGAGGAGUCCUUGGACUCCGACUCGGAAGAAGAAAGGAAGCGGAAAAAGAAAAAGAAGCAGAAAAAGAAGAAGCGGCGCCGCCACUCGUCGACCAGUGAGUCGGAGAGCAGUGGCGAUGACCAGUCGGAGCCGGCCAGCGACAACAGCAACGGCGCCGGCCACAGGCGACACAGAAAGAAGUCGAAGCGGCGCCACCACGAAAGUUCGUCGGCCGAGGACGAGUCCGCGUCAGAGGCCAGCGCGGCACAAUCGCCGCCGGCGGCGCACGUCGAGCGGCGUGACUCGUCUGGCGGCGGAACCGGCAGCUGA